AACAAUGAAAUUACACUUGACAUGCUCAAAUGGUCCUCUCGAAAAUUGGGGGCGAGGCAGCACCUCAUCUCGGGUUAGUCAAUCUUACGGGAUAAUUAAUUGACUAGCCUAGGAGUGUGUCCGAGUAAAAUGAACUCAGCAUAAAAAGAGACGUCCUCUCACUGUCGACUGCAUUUAUUUUCAGCAAACUUAACACGUGUAAAUAUUUGUAUGAACAUAUAACAAGAUUUAACAACUGAGACAUAAACUGAACAAGAUCCACAGACAUGUGACAAACAUAAAUGGAAUAAUGUGUCCCUGAACAAAGGGGUGGGGGUCAAAAUGAAAAGUAACAGUCAGUAUUUGGUGUGGCCACCAGCUGCAUGAAGUACUACAGUUCUUGCUGUGAGAUGUUACCCCACUCUUCCACCAAGGCACCUGCAAGUUCCCAGACAUUUCUGGGGGGAAUGGCCCUAGUCCUCACCCUCCGAUCCAACAGGUCCCAGACAUUUCUGGGGGGAAUGGCCCUAGUCCUCACCCUCCGAUCCAACAGGUCCCAGACAUUUCUGGGGGGAAUGGCCCUAGUCCUCACCCUCCGAUCCAACAGGUCCCAGACAUUUCUGGGGGGAAUGGCCCUAGUCCUCACCCUCCGAUCCAACAGGUCCCAGACAUUUCUGGGGGGAAUGGCCCUAGUCCUCACCCUCCGAUCCAACAGGUCCCAGACAUUUCUGGGGGGAAUGGCCCUAGUCCUCACCCUCCGAUCCAACAGGUCCCAGACAUUUCUGGGGGGAAUGGCCCUAGUCCUCACCCUCCGAUCCAACAGGUCCCAGACAUUUCUGGGGGGAAUGGCCCUAGUCCUCACCCUCCGAUCCAACAGGUCCCAGACAUUUCUGGGGGGAAUGGCCCUAGUCCUCACCCUCCGAUCCAACAGGAAAUCACCCACAGAACGAGCAGUAUGGCUGGUGGCAUUGUCAUGCUGGAGGGUCAUGUUAGGAUGAGCCUGCAGGAAGGGUACCACAUGAGGGAGGAGGAUGUCUUCCCUGUAACGCACAGCGUUCUAAUUGCCUGCAAUGACAACAAGCUCAGUCCGAUGAUGCUGUGACACACCGCCCCAGACCAUGACGGACCCUCCACCUCCAAAUCGAUCCCGCUCCAGAGUACAGGCCUCGGUGUAAUGCUUUUUCAAUCGACGAUAAACGCGAAUCGGACCAUCACCCCUGGUGAGACAAAACCGCGACUAGUCAGUGAAGAGCACUUUUUGCCAGUCCUGUCUGGUCCAACGACGGUGGGUUUGUGCCCAUAGGCCACAUUGUGGCGCGUGAUGUCUGGUGAGGACCUGCCUUACAACAGGCCUACAAGGCCUCAGUCCAGCCUCUCUCAAUCUAUUGCGGACAGUCUGAGCACUGAUGGAGGGAUUUUGCGUUCCUGGUGUAACUCUGGCAGUUGUUGUUGCCAUCCUGUAUUUGUCCCGCAGGUGUGAUGUUCUGAUGUACCGAUCCUGUGCAGGUGUUGUUACACGUGGUCUGCCACUGCAAGGAUGAUCAGCUGUUUAUUGCCCUGGCCACAUCUGCAGUCCUCAUCCCUCAUUGCAGCAUGCCUAAGGCAUUUUCACACAGAUGAGCAGGGACCCUGGGCAUCUUUCUUUUGGUGUUUUUCAGAGUCAGUAGAAAGGCCUCUUUAGUGUCCUAAGUUUUCAUAACUGUGACCUUAAUUGCCUACCGUCUGUAAGCUGUUAGUGUCUUAACGACCGUUCCACAGGUGCACGUUCAUUAAUUGUUUAUGGUUCAUUGAACAAGCAUGGGAAACAGUGUUUAAACCCUUUACAAUGAAGAUCUGUGAAGUUAUUUGAAUUUUCACGAAUUAUCUUUGAAAGACAAGGUCCUGAAAAAAGGGACAUUUCUUUUUUUGCUGAGUUUUUGAAAAUGUGAGAAGAAGAGUCCAAUCGGUCCAUGCCCCGUUAAUAAAAUAUUUCAAUAAUUCUCACUUUUUCUAACUGGGUUUUCCUCCUCCAAAAGAGAGAGUCACAAGACUUUUUAAAUCCCAUUUCAGGUUGUGUCCUGAAUGGCACCGCAUUCCUUAUUCAGAGUGGUGCAGCGGUCUAAGGCUCUGCAUCUCAGUGCAAGAGGUGUCACUACAGUCCCUGGUUCGAUUCCAGGCUGUUUUACAACCGCCCGUGAUUGGAGUCCCAUAGGGCAGUGCACAAUUGGCCCAGCAUCGUCCAGGGUAGGCCGUCAUUGUAUAUAAGAAUUUGUUCUUAACUGGCUUGCCUAUUUAAAUAAAGAUAACAUUAAAAUAUUUAGCGAUGGCUCUGGUCAAAAGUAGUGAACUAAAUCAGGAUAGGGUGGCAUUUGGGACGAAGAGCAUCCAAGGACAUCCGUUUAUUUAAAAAAAAAAACAUUGACAAGCAAGUACUUUGGUAAAUGUUAGAUAUCAAACGCUCCAGUGUUACGCACACAGAGAGACGGCAGUCUCGCCUUCCAGCCAACAGAACAGCUGCUGGAAUCAAUUGAGGAUUUCUGUUUGAACAAUACAAUCAUUUUAAGAAUGUGUGUGUGAGUCUGAGUUUCUCUGUGUCUGUAUUCAACACACACAUUUAUGGAAUAAUGUUUAAGCCAUAGAACAAGAGAGAAGGGGGGACAGAGAGUGAGAGAGAGA